AUGGCGGGAGGAGGGGGCUCCUGCGCGCCUGCGGGGAAGAGAUCACCAGUAUCCUUUGAGGAGGUUGCCGUGUUCUUUAUGGAGGAGGAAUGGGUUCUGCUGGAUCCCAGCCAAAGAAAGCUCUACUGGAAAGUGAUGGAGGAAAAUUACGAGACUGUGGGCUCCGUGGGAAACUACAUUUUCCAGAAGGUCUUGCAAGCACCAGAGAGGUCAACCCUGUCCGUGGUCGAUGUCCAAGGAGCGGUUUUUCCUGGAGUUCCAGAUGUGCGGGAGAUGGUGAGGGAAAAGGAAUCAGCAAGGACGGUUGUGGAAAAAAAUGAAGAUAAAUGCUUGGAAUGUGGAAAGUGCAUGUCUUGCAAUGGCAGCCUAACGAUUCAUCAAAGGGUUCACUCAGGAGAAAAACCAUAUAAAUGCCUGGAGUGUGGAAAGUCCUUCUCUCAGAAUGGCAACUUAAUUAAGCAUCAAAAGGUUCACACAGGGGAAAAGCCAUAUAAAUGCCUGGAGUGUGGAAAGUGCUUCUCUCAGAAUUCCCACCUAACUACACAUCAAAGGGUUCACACAGGUGAGAAGCCAUAUAAAUGCAAGGAGUGUGGAAAGUGCUUCUCUUGCAAUCGCAGCCUAACUACACAUCAAAGGAUUCACACAAGGGAGAAGCCAUAUGAAUGCAUGGAGUGUGGAAAGUGCUUCUCUCAGAAUGGUUACGUAACGAUACAUCAAAGACAUCACACAGGGGAGAAGCCAUAUGAAUGCUUCGAAUGUGGAAAGCGCUUCUCUCUAAAUGGCCUCCUGACUGAACAUCAAAGUGUUCACUCAGGGGAGAAGCCAUAUAAAUGCCUGGAGUGUGGAAAGGGCUUCUCUAAAAAUGGCCAUCUAACUCAACACCAAAGGCUUCACACAGGGGAGAAGCCAUAUGAAUGCCUGGAGUGUGGAAAGUGCUUCUCUCAAAAUGGCCAUCUAACUCGACAUCAAAGGGUUCACACAGGGGAGAAGCCAUAUGAAUGCCUGGAGUGUGGAAUGUGCUUCUCUUGCAAUAGCAGCCUAACUAAACAUCAAAGGGUUCACACAGGGGAGAAACCAUAUAAAUGCUUGGAGUGUGGAAAGUGCUUCUCUGUGAGUGGCAGCCUAACUAGACAUCAAAAGGUUCACACAGGGGAGAAGCCAUAUAAAUGCCUGGAGUGUGGAAAGUGCUUCCCUUACAAUAGGAGCCUAAUUUCACAUCAAAGGUUUCACACAGGGGAAAAGCCAUAUAAAUGCCUAAAGUGUGGAAAGUGCUUCUCUCAGAAUUCCCACCUAACUUCCCAUCAAAGGGUUCACACAGGCAAGAAGCCAUAUAAAUGCCUGGAGUGUGGAAAGUGCAUCUCUCACACCUGCGGGCUCCGGGUUGCCAACCUCCGGGUGGGAGCUGGAGGCCUCCCGCUGUUACAGCUGACCUCCAACCCGCAGGGACGGAUUCCCCCGGGAGAAAAGGGCCCCUUGGGCCACUGA